AUGCACCGCUUCUUCCUCCUCGUUUCUGCACUCGUAGCCACCACCACGCUUUCCGCCGACACCACCACCAUUGCCGUUGCCCAGAGGUCAUGGGCUGAACUCAGCGGGCGGGACAAUUGGGAGGGCCUCCUGGACCCGCUCGACGCCGACCUCCGCCGCGCCGUCAUCCGAUACGGCGAGCUGGCGCAGGCGACGUCGGACGCGUUCAUCGGCGACCCGGCGUCGCCCUACGCAGGCGCGUCGCGGUACGCGCCCGGCGCGUUCCUCCACAGGACGCAGGCGCCCGACGCGGACGCGUACCGCGUCACGAGGUUCCUCUACGCGACGUCGAGCGCGCGCGUCCCCGUCCCCGACACGUUCAUCACGCGGCCGGCGCCGCCGGGGGCGUGGAGCGCCGAGUCCAACUGGAUGGGGUACGUCGCCGUGGCCACGGACGCCGGCGCCGCGAGGCUGGGGAGGCGGGACAUCGUGGUGGCGUGGCGCGGGACGAAGCGCGCCGUGGAGUGGGCCGACGACCUGGACAUCACGCUGGUGCCGGCGACGGGCGUCGUCGGGCCGGGUCCCGGGUGGUCGCAGCCGGCGGUGCACCGGGGGUUCUUGUCCAUGUACGCGUCGAGGAAUUCCACGUCGCGGUUCAACAAACAAAGCGCGAGAGAGCAGGUGUUGACAGAGGUUAGAAGGCUGCUGGACGCCUACAAGGGCGAGAACUGCAGCAUCACGCUAACCGGCCACAGCCUCGGCGCGGCGCUCUCCACGCUCACCGCCAUCGACAUCGUCACCAACGGCCUCAACGUCCGGGGGGGCUCCAACCCCAACGACACGGUCCCUGUCACCGCCAUCGUCUUCGGCAGCCCGCGCGUGGGCGACGACCAGUUCAAGAAGGCGUUCGAUUCGUCGUCGACGCCCGGCGGCUGCGCCCGGCUGCUCCGCGUCCGGAACGCGCCGGACAUCGUGCCGACCAUCCUGCCGGCCGCGUUCUACAGGGACGUGGGCGUGGAGCUGCUGCUGGACACGCGCAAGUCGCCGCACCUCAAGAAGCCCGGGCCGGGCCCCGCGGCCUGGCACAACCUCGAGUGCUACCUGCACGGCGUCGCGGGCACGAAGGGCGACGGCGACGGCGCUGGGUUCGGCCUGGAAGUGGACCGCGACGUGGCGCUGGUGAACAAGGAGGUGGACGCGCUCAGCGACGACUACCCCGUGCCGGCGGCGUGGUGGGCGGAGAGGAACAAGGGCAUGACCAGGGACGUCAAGAGCGGGCGAUGGGUUUUGCAGGAUCAUGAGGAGGGUAACCUCGCCAUGUGA